AAGCCAUCUCAGAAUAGCGGACGCGCAUUCCCUCACAGGUUCGCGCUCCAGAGCUUCUCCUGGAAGUCUCGUACUACUUGGUGUCAGGGAGAUGGGGAACCCUCGGGCGCCCUCGAAGAGGAACCAAGGAGGUAGCGAAUCCGAUCUCCACGCCGCCGCGAGGUCCGGCGACCUCCGCACCGUCGAAUCCAUCUGCAACUCCAAUCCCCUCGCCGUCAACUCCAGAGACCGCCAUUCCAGAACCCCAAGUUCAGUAGUAUGGUACUGUUUCCUUGACAUUAAUGAUCUGAAAUUGAGACUGCAUCUAGCUGCAUGGUCUGGGCAGACAGAUGUGGUGAGAUUUCUUUGCAAGAACAAGGCUGAUGUUGGAGCUGCUGCGAUGGAUGACACAGCUGCAAUCCAUUUUGCUUCUCAGAAAGGUCAUCUAGAAAUAGUUCGUAUUCUUUUGGCUUCUGGAGUCUCUGUAAAAGCUGCUAACAGGAAAGGGCUGACUCCUCUGCACUAUGCUGCUCAGGGAUCCCAUCUAGAGCUCAUUAAGUAUCUAGUUAGGAAAGGUGCGAGCCUUACUGCCAAAACAAAAUCUGGGCAAACCCCUCUGGAUUCUGCACCUACUAAGGAGAUCCGCUCUUUUCUGCUGGAGUGUGAGAAGUCAUCGACCAAAGGGGACCAAUCAACCACAAGCAAGAAGGGUAAAGAAUCAGCGUUAGCUCAGCCUGUCAAUGAAAUCAACACAGGUUCUAAUGCUAAAGAUAUAGUUAGUGAAGUUGAUGAUGAAGACACCGAUGCAACGGAGAAGCGGAAAGGGGAAGAAACCAAUGAUGAAAGCUUGCCAAAGCCCAAGAAGGCUAAGGUUUCUCUUGAACACCUUCUAGCUGAAAAUGAUGGACAGGAGGAAGAGGAAGAAUAGAACUUGUCUAGGUAGAAGGGACAUUACUGGUAUCUUUUAGUCUGAAGUAGAGUUGAGAAGAGCAUUUUUUGGGUUAAUCCAGAACCAAAACAGUUGAGCAACAAGAGUGGCAACAAUUGAGUGUACUAUCUUGAGAUUGAAUACUUGCCACUGUAGACUGUGCUCCAUGAUGAUUUCUUUGCUUCUAAUGGAAAAUAUUCACACAAAUAGGAAUGAGAUUAGACAUAAAAAUGGUGUUUGCACAGUUCUUGUACUUGGUGUAACUUUGUCUUUGCUUUGAAGAAGAUAUUAACAUCAUUAUCUGUGCUUUAUUAGAGUUACUGUGUAUUCUUGGGCUGUUGCCGUAGUGUUUUGUUUCUGAUUACAAGUUUGGAUACACAACUUGUUCGGGCCCCUGGCAGGGAAGCAAAUCAUGUUCUGUUUGAAUUUAUAUAAAGCUUCCCUUUUCUUCUAGCAA